CGUACGAUAUGCGCUGGAUCGCGUAAGAUACGCGGCCGCGACGCUCCUUGUCGCGAGAGUUCGCGCUUACAAUUUCGCGUAACGCGACGAGACGGAUCGACACGUUCGUAGAAGGCCUCUGAAAUGGCCCCGAUAAAUAGGCAUGAAUGCCGUCUGCCGAUGAAUGAAUGAAAAAGAACACGCCAGACUGCGUGCAUUUGGCACGAUGACAGUAGACUCCGUGGAACUCUGAAUGCGUGUGAUGUUGCUAAAAGCACGGGACAGACGCUGGUCUCCCGCGGGCAAGACACCCAGGAAACUCGGACGCAUAUUUACGUAGCUUUGAGACAUUAAUUACGCCCAGACCGUUCUCAUUACACGACGAAAUGAUCAUAAGAUGGUGACCAAACGCCUGCUGAUACUACUGCCGAUAUUCCUGUCCUGCGUUUUAGCUUUCCCGAAAAGGGUGUCUGUAGCGGGACUGUUCGACGAGGAUGAAGCGAUCCAGCGGACGUUCGAGUCAUCGGUGAGGGCGGUGAACAAAGAGAGACAUGACAAUGAGGAACUGUCGAACGUGUAUCUGAUGCCGGAAUCGAACGAUAUUGAACCGGACGCGUUCGAAGUAUCCGCAAAAGUAUGCGAGAUGGUCAGCAUGGGUGUCGUUGGGAUCUUCGGUCCUCAGGACAAAGUAAUCGCGGAUCACGUGCAAAGCAUGUGCGAUACGAUGGACGUACCGCACAUCUCCGUGCGACAAGAUUCCGCUGAACCAUCGCAGCCACGUGGAAUAGGUCUCAAUCUGUAUCCGCACGUGAGCUCGUUAGCACGAGUGUACGAUCAACUCGUUACGGAGUUCAAGUGGACGUCCUUCGCGAUACUGUACGAGGAUAUCGACAGUCUGGUUCGCAUGCGUUUCCUAUUGAAACGAUGGGACCCCCAUGGUAAUUCCGCGUUCGUGUACUAUUUGGGAGACGGACCGAACUAUAGGGAAGCGAUGCAAGACAUCAAAGCGUCGGAAAUAGAGAACAUCAUCAUCGACUGCUCGUACGACAUACUUAGCGAGGUCCUCAGACAGGCCCAACAAGUUGGCAUCUUGUCCGACCGACACAGAGUAAUCGUGACUUCUCUGGAUCUGCAAACUCUGGACUUAGAGCCGUAUCAGUAUUCCGGCGUCAACUUCACUGGCGUACGGCUUAUUGAUCCCGAGGAUCCGAUAGUGCAACAAACUGUGGAAAAGCACAAGAACGAAUGGGGUCUGGACGAUCCUUCACAGCUGCGAAUCGAACCAGCGCUCAUGUACGACGCUGUGCAACUUUUCGCGAGAGCCUUCAAGCAACUGAAGGAUGCCACUAAGGGCGACAUCAAGAAGAUAACGUGCGACGAAAACGAGAGAUGGGAACACGGGCUCAGUUUGAGCAACUUUAUGCGAUCGGUAGAAACGAGAGGUUUGACGGGCCUCGUAAAGUUCGACAGAGAUGGUUUCCGCAGCAACAUACAAUUGGACAUCGUACGUCUCACCGAGAAUGGUUUGACAAAAAUUGGUACAUGGAACAGCACGUCGGGACAGAAUAUCGAAUGGGCGUCGGGCGUUAGCAAGAAGAAGUCUGAUAUGGAACUAAGUUUACAAAAUAAAACUUUCGUAGUCUUGAUAUCCCUCACCCCGCCAUACGGCAUGCAAAAAGAAUCCUGGACGACGUUGAGCGGUAAUGAACGUUACGAGGGUUUCGGAAUCGACAUCAUACAACAAAUCAGCGAGAUACUCGGAUUCAACUACACCCUGCAGGAGGAGUCUGAUUACGGAUCCUUGAAUAAGAACACGGAAAAGUGGUCCGGCAUGCUCGGGAAAAUUAUAGCUGAGGAAGCAGACCUGGCCAUCACGGAUUUAACGAUCACGUCAGAACGAGAAAGUGCUGUCGAUUUCACAAUGCCUUUCAUGAAUUUAGGUAUAAGCAUCCUCUACCGAAAGCCAACAAGAGCGCCUCCUAGUCUAUUCUCGUUUCUUUCUCCGUUUUCAAAUGGAGUUUGGUUAUAUUUGAUUGGAGUCUACAUAAUAGUGUCCCUCUUGUUAUUUAUAAUUGGUAGACUAUGCCCGGCGGAAUGGAAUAAUCCUUAUCCUUGUAUCGAGGAUGCCGAAGAAUUGGAAAAUCAAUUUACAUUCAAGAAUGCAUUUUGGUUCGCGAUAGGCAGUAUUAUGCAACAAGGCAGUGAGAUUGCACCUAUAGGCAUUUCUACGAGAAUGAUGGCAGGAUCCUGGUGGUUUUUCUGCCUCAUAAUCGUAUCUAGUUACACCGCGAACCUCGCGGCAUUUUUAACUGUAGAGACCGUGGUGUCACCGUUCGACAAUGUUGAGGAGCUUGUAAAAAAAAAGACGAUAAAAUACGGAGCGAAACAAAAAGGGUCCACGUUCAAGUUCUUCGAAACUUUUGGCAAUCCCAAGGAUAGCAAUCACUCCACGUACAAGAAAAUGUACGAUUACAUGAUCGCUAACGCGGAUGACGUGCUACCGGCGAGGAACGACGACGGUGUGCAGAAGGUUAAGCUCGAAGAAUACGCCUUUUUAAUGGAAUCGAGCUCCAUCGAGUACAUUACGGAACGUUAUUGCAACGUCACACAAGUCGGUGGUCUGUUAGACGAAAAAGGCUAUGGUAUCGCUAUGAAGAAAUAUUCGCCUUAUCGGACCGCCUUGAACAAAGCCGUUUUGCAGUUAUCGGAAAGUGGGAUAAUCACCGAAUUGAAAAAGAGGUGGUGGACACAAAAGCGAGGCGGAGGCAAAUGUAGGGAAGCCGGCGGAACUAGCUCGGCGCAACCGCUUGAUCUCGAAAAUGUUGGCGGGGUGUUUCUCGUACUCGCUGUGGGUGUUGCCCUAUCUUGCGUGUACACCGUACUCGAGCUACUUUGGGAUGUUGCCCGAACGUCUAUCCGGGAAAAUGUGUCUUUUAAGGAAGAAUUGAUAAACGAAGUGAAAUUUAUCCUCAAGUGCAGCAACACGAAGAUAGUACGAAGAAAAAAUGGACUAUCCAACAAAAGCGGCAACGGCAGUACGAGGGGAUGCACCCCUCCGUACGGUUUCAUACCGACGGUAAUAACAACGUCGCCAACUGACAAUUAACGGCCGCGCGCGAAUCUCGAGUAAUAAUAAAAAGUACCGUUUGCAUACGCGGACUUAUUGCAUUAUGGCCCGCGUUCGCUCACGGUCUCAUAUGAACUUUCGGACUAACACAAAGGACUACAUCGUCAGCAUUUUAGGAUAAAAUUCGCGGAUCAAACAAUAGAAAAUUAUGCGAAUCACAAUUUUUCUGACACUAUAAGAAUUAUAAGAAAUAUAUGCGACACUGUUUACAAACGUGGGUGCGCUCUAACUUUUAUCUGUUGAUAUCCCGCACGCGUCCAAGCCAAUAACUAAAAGACGACGAAAAACGAUAAGGAUAAGUGUGUUUUAACUACGGCUUCACAAUAUUAUUAAGCAGGUUGUUUUCACGGCGUAUUUUAUACUUCUCGCAUUUUUAACAAUAUAUGUAAGUAGAUACUUAGACUCUCUCUCUCUCUCUCUCUCUCUCUUUUGAAGUUAGAACGAAGGAGCGUACACAAGAACUGCGAGAACCCGAAGAGAGCGCGAGUGAAAGAAAGAAAUUUAUUGUAUCAGAUAUUAUGGCAAUUUUUGCGCGCGGGGUUCGCACGCCGCGGAUACGCACCUCUGGGAACGCAUUUCCCGGUAAUCACGCGCUUCAUUUUCCUGAAGAUAAUCACCAUUCGCUAAGGCGCGCGCUUUUAGACCACCGGCGCCGUAAUUAGGGAUUCGCGGAAUCAUGCUGUGACAUGUAGUAUUAAUAUCGGAAACGAUAAGAGAAUCGUGCCGUUCUCCUGAUCGAGAUAAGCCACGAUCAUGCGCAAGAGAGUAGGACGGUCUACGAGAAGGUACGACGGUCCUAUUACCUACUUCUCGAGCUUGCAUGUGGUGGAAAUAGUCAACCGGUGGCUAUGGGAUAGUUUAGCCACUGACUUCGAUAGCGCCGGUUCGCGACACAUCCGAGUUUGGUGACGGCUAGUUUCCUUCGCGCGAAAUCCCACUGUGCUUUCUCCACAGUGUGUGUGUGUGUGUGUGUGUAUGUGUGUGUGUGUGUGUGUGCGCAAAUAAUUCGCGACGAAUCUUUCGAUUAUCCGCGUGCGAGUGAUCGGACGCAUCCGUCAAUCCGGACGGGCGAGCAAAGUAAACAGUCGAGCAAAAGUACUUUACCUCUCCUUUCUUUUUAUUGAUCACGACGCGAUGGAUGCUCGCGGAUCGCGUCGAUUUGCAUCAUCUAUCGCGUGGACUUGCGAAGCAUUAGCCACGUAACAUCGCAUCGUUGAAAAAUGGUUCGUUUUGCCGCGCGAAACGGAAGAGCCGAGUGCGCGUUUCACGACGCGCUCUUCUGGCGCCCGCAUUCUAUUUUAGCAACUGACCGUGCGGAUAAUAUAUAGCUCGUGUCACACCACGUUGCUUAACGUUUUGUCAUAAUGAGAUCGAGGUUUAAAAGCCCUUGAUUACCCGCGUACUGCAUCGGGCGCAAAGUGACAAACUAACCAGUCGAGUUCAUCGCCCGAUGGGAACAUCGGCUUAGGACUAAUCGCAACACGCUUUUUUAACAUGUUCGCUACCAGCGUCGCACAUGUGUGAUGCACCGCGAUCUCUCAUUUCAAGCUCAUCUUUACUGCACAUUUUCAAUUUUACUUAAUAUGUUUGCUACGGCGGAAUCACUAUAAUUUUGUUCUAUAUCUUCUACAUAUGAACAAGUCAAGUCUGACACAAUUACCUGAAAACAGAUAUAACAUGGUCUGUGGGGAGAAUUCCGCAAAUAAACCGUAAUAGCGAACGUGUUAAUUGGUAGAUUUUGGGAAACCCGUGUCCGCUGAACAAUGCAUACCACUGACCGGCAAUGACCGCUGAAACAUCAUUAACACGCUUCCCUUAUCGAUACACGGUUAACCAUGGAAGAGAUUUACUCGAGAUCGAUGUAUGGCACACGUAAUUAAGCUGAACUAAAAUAAAUUUAUUUAUCUGAA